AUGCAUCCAACUCUAUCUCUCCACCGCGGCCUCCUCAAACGCUCCUCAUACUACAACCCAGACUACCGGACCGGUGCAGCCCUCCUCCGCGCCAGACGACCAUAUCUCGUGAAGAAUACACUGACGGGAAUCGCUAUCUUCGGGUUUGCAAUUGGAGUUUUUUCAUUCACAUUGAAAGCCGUCGGACAAGAGACCUUCGAUGACGUGAUCGUCCCUUCCGAGCCCCAGCCUGCAGCGCAAUCAAUACAGCACCAGAAUCAGUCCCAGGCCGUCAAAGCGAAGAUCCCGACCGCAGAAGUGAACGGGAUGCGCUCCUGA